CUAGUGGCCCCUGCUCGAGCUGUCACUUGCCCUUUUCUAAAUUUAUUAUUUUCGGAGACAAGUCGAAGUCACAAAGAAAGAAGUGAAUAUGGAACAAACUAUGGGAGAAAUCAGAGAGGAUGGCGAGCCCGAGGCCAUGAGUGGUAAUACGACCCCCUCGGCCCAGACAAAGAAGACAACAUAUUCUUGGAACAUAAGCCGCGAGUUGUACCACAGGGAGCUGAACCUAACCAACAGGAUCGGGUGGCGCGGAGCCCACACGUCGGCAGAGGGCUUUAACCAGGCGUUUUACGGAUCCCGCCAGGCCGUGGAACAGUUGACGGAGCUGUUCCGCCGCGGCAAGAGGGGCAGGUGCCUGAGCUUCAACCGGGCGGGCGACCUGCUGUGCUCCGGCUACCAGCUUGGCAACCUUGUCGUCUGGGACUGGGUCAACCAGAAGGCCCUGUGCCGCUUCUCUCCCAGCCGCUACGGGGGUGUCAAGAGGGUCAGGUUCCUGGACAGCACCGGCGGCCUGGACAUCGUGAGCGCCAACGAUGGCGGCCAGGUGCACCGGUCCCUGAUCCCGCCCUCGGGGGGAACUGUCCUGCACGAGCUCUUGUACAGCCACGAGCACGUUAACCAGCUCAUCGUGGUGCCCCAAAGUCGCUGCGAGGUGAUGAGCUGCGGCUCGCAACUGAAACACUUCGACUUCCGCACCCACGUGGGCAACACUCUGCUGAGCUGCCCCCAGCGGAUAUUCAGCGUCGCCCAUCACCCCUACGCUCCGGAAAUCUGCUUGGGCGGAUCGGACGAGGUACUGAGGGUCUACGACAAGCGGAACCCAUCGACGCCCCUGGCGCAGAAGAGCCCGUUCACUGCGGAGCACGUCUCAUUGGAAUGCUCAUGGAUGAAGUCCGUCGCUUAUAACCACAGUGGGAGUGAGAUCCUGGUCUCUUACACCCAUGACGACAUCUACUUGUUUAGCACCCGCGACUGGAGUGCCGGCUAUCUGCACAAGUACAGGGGUCGCUACAACAAUCCCGCUGGUGCAGCCAUGUUCUUCGGACCCAAGUCCGAGUUUAUACUGAGCACAAACUACGGCGCGCAUAUUUUGUUCUGGGAUCGAAACACUGAGGCGUUGAUCAAGAAUACGAAUGCCAGGCCGUUCAGCUGGAUCCAUGAGCUGGAGGCACAUCCAUGGCUGCCGGUGCUGGCCAGCGCGGAGGCGGAGCAUGCCAUAAAACUCUGGGCUCCACGAGGGGGCACCGAAAAUGGCCUAGCCUUAAUGCGCGACCCACUGUACAUAUAGGUUUACCAUAUAUUUAUACAAUAAAGUACAGAUUAUUUUCUGUACAAAAUAGAAGCCAAUUAUAAAUA